AUGAAGUUCGCCUCUGUCCUGAGUGCCCUCGGGGCCUUGACAGCUGUCUCCGCCGUCCAGGUGAAUCCACUUCCCGCCCCACGCAAUAUCACCUGGGGAACUUCCGGUCCAAUCCAAGUCAAGCAACUGAGAUUAAAUGGCCACCACUCGAGUCAUGUAAUCACUAGUGCCUGGGAACGCGCCUGGCACACCAUCACCACCCUUCAAUGGGUUCCCGCCGCGGUUGAAUCCCCAAUUGUCUCCUAUCCAGCAUUCCCGACCGCUACCCCUACCCCUAGCUCGAAAAUCAAGCGCACACACACGGGACUCCACACCGUCGAGGUUCAUGUAAUGGAUAGCGACGCUGAUCUGCAGCAUGGCGUGGAUGAAUCAUAUACACUCGAGGUGGCCAAGGGCGACAGCAGCAUCAAGAUCAAGGCCCAGACGGUCUGGGGUGCGCUGCACGCGUUCACCACCCUGCAACAGAUCAUCAUCUCCGAUGGCAGGGGCAACCUGAUCAUCGAACAACCUGUUAAAAUCAAGGAUGCUCCGCUGUAUCCCUACCGUGGUAUCAUGAUGGACACCGGUCGCAACUUCAUCUCCAUGCGCAAGAUCUUCGAGCAGAUUGACGGCAUGGCACUGUCCAAGCUCAAUGUUCUGCAUUGGCAUCUGGACGAUGCCCAGUCAUGGCCCAUGCAGAUCCGCUCCUAUCCCGAGAUGACCAAAGAUGCCUACUCGGCUCGUGAGGUCUAUACCGAGAACGACAUGCGAAGUGUGAUUAGCUAUGCCCGUGCGCGAGGCAUCCGGGUGAUCCCCGAAGUCGACAUGCCGGGCCACGCUGCUUCUGGCUGGCAACAAAUUGACCCGGAGAUCGUGACCUGUGUCGACUCGUGGUGGUCCAACGAUGUGUGGGAGUACCACACCGCGGUGGAGCCGAACCCUGGCCAACUCGACAUUAUCUAUAACAAGACCUAUGAAGCCGUCGACAAUGUCUACAAAGAUCUGUCUCGCAUCUUCAGCGAUAACUUCUUCCACGUCGGUGCCGAUGAGAUUCAGACAGGCUGCUAUAACUUCAGCACCCAUAUCACUGAGUGGUUUGCCGAAGACCCCUCGCGCACAUACAAUGACCUUUCCCAGUACUGGAUCGACCAUGCCAUGCCCAUCUUCCGCAGUGUCGGCGAUCACCGCCGCCUGGUUAUGUGGGAGGAUAUCGUCAUCGCAGCCGAGGGUGCCCACGACGUGCCCAAGGAUAUCAUCAUGCAGACCUGGAACCAGGGUGAUAACAACAUCAAGAAACUUGCUUCCGCCGGCUACGACGUGAUUGUCUCGACUUCCGACUUCCUCUAUCUGGACUGCGGCCACGGCGGCGCUGUCACGAAUGAUCCCCGCUACAACGAACAGUCUAACCCAGGCGGUGACAUUACUUUCAACUACGGCGGUAACGGAGGCUCCUGGUGCGGUCCUUACAAGACCUGGCAGCGCAUCUACGACUACGACUUCCUGACCAAUCUCACUGACAGCGAGGCGAAGCAUGUUAUCGGCGCCGAGGCUCCCUUGUGGUCCGAGCAGAUCGACGACGUGACCAUUUCGAGCGCCUUCUGGCCACGCGCCGCUGCUCUGGGCGAGCUUGUCUGGUCUGGUAACCGUGAUGCGCAUGACCGCAAGCGCACGACCGAACUCACUCAGCGUAUCAUCAACUUCCGCGAGUACCUCGUUGCUAAUGGCGUCAUGGCCACGGUUCUUGUGCCGAAGUAUUGCGCUCAGCACCCGCAUGCUUGCGAUCUAUACAAGAAUCAAACCGUUCUUGGUUGA